AUGUCCUCCUCGAACACCCCCGCCUUGUUCCAGCCGAUCCAGGUCGGCGACAUCAAGCUCGGCCACCGCGUCGUGCUCUCGCCGCUCACGCGUAUCCGCGCCAACGGCGAGCACGUCCACGGCGACCUCGCGCUCGAGUACUACAAGCAGCGCGCGAGCGUGCCCGGCACGCUCCUCAUCACCGAGGCGACGUACAUUUCGCCCCAGGCCGGCGGCAUGGCCAACGUGCCCGGGAUCUACAACGACGCGCAGAUCGCGGCGUGGAAGAAGAUCACCGACGCCGUCCACGAGAAGGGCUCGUACAUCUACUUGCAGCUGUGGGCCCUGGGCCGUGCGGCGCGUCCCGCGUCGCUGCACGAGGAGAACCCGGACUACCCCUACGUCUCGGCGUCGCCCAUUGCGCUCAGCACCAGCCCCGAUGACGUCCCCAGGGCCCUGACCAAGGAGGAGAUCAAGCAGUACAUCCAGUGGUACGCGACCGCGGCCGCCAACUCGGUCCACAAGGCGGGCUUCGACGGUGUCGAGAUCCACGGCGCCAACGGCUACCUCAUCGACCAGUUCCUCCAGGACGUCUCGAACAAGCGCACGGACGAGUACGGCGGCUCGAUUGAAAACCGCGCUCGGUUCGCCCUUGAGGUCACCGAGGCCGUCGUUGCCGCCGUCGGCCAAAGCAAGACAGCGAUGCGUCUAAGCCCCUGGAGCUUGUACCAAGACAUGCGUGAGGAGAACCCCAUCCCCACCGUCACGUACCUCGUCGAGCAGUACAAGAAGAAGUACCCCAACUUGGCGUACAUCCACGUCGUCGGCCCCGGUGGGCCUGGCAGCAAGGGCCCUGACAAUGAAGAGGACACCCACUUCGUCCAGAAGCUGUGGGCGCCCCGCCCGGUCAUCACCACGGGCGGUUACGACCGCGAGUCCGGCAUCAAGGUCGCUGAGGAGACUGGCCAGAUCGUCGGUUAUGGCCGUGCCUUCCUGUCGAACCCGGAUCUGCCGUUCCGCCUGCAGAACAACAUCAAGCUGAACGACCCCGAGUACGACUCAUUCUACCUGCCGAUGGCCGCCAAGGGUUACACCACGUACCCGUUCUCGGAGGAGUUCUUGAAGACGCAGCCCAAGGCUUGA